GCGGGGAUCCUCUCUAACCCGAAAAGAUCCCCCCGGCCCCGCCACCCCCGCCUCUGUGGCUGGGAGGGUCGGGAUGCGCGGGCCGCUGUCGCGACAUGGGCAGGGAUGCUGUCGCGUGCGGUGGUGCAGGGGGAGGUUGGGUUUGGUCGCUCUGGAGGGCUUCUCCAACUUUUCCGGCUGAUUUUCUCCGCCGUCCUGGCCUGGGGAGCUCGCUGGAGUCAGCGGGCAGAUCCCGAGCGAGGAGAUAAAGGGGAAGGAGCACAAGGAAUCCUUUCAGCCUCGCACAUUCCAGUCCUAAACCGAGCCGGGAAAUCCAGCCAGGAAUCAGCUCCAAGUAAUUUCCUCUGCUGAAAGCAAUGGCGAGCUUGGCUGAUAAGGCACAGAAUUUCUUCCUCUUGCUUUUUUUUAAAGAGGAAAGAUGUGUUUGUGUGUCAGAGAAGAGCUGAGUGCAGUUUUUGUGACGCUGUUUCCAGAGAGCUGCAGGUGUUUAAUGACACUCUGCUGUCUGUGUUUCCUUUUGCCUCUCCCAGCAGCAGUGGACGUUUCCCUCAGAAGAGGGCAGACGGUUUGCAGGCGUGGGACACAGAAACCCUGCUACAAAAUCGUUUAUUUCCACGAUGCCUCCCGCAGGAGCAGCUAUGAGGAAGCUCACCUGGCCUGCCGAGCUGACGGGGGACACCUGGUCAGCAUCGAGAGCCCGGCGGAGCAGAGGCUGAUUGAAUCCCUGAUCAGGAGCCUCCUGGCCUCGGAUGGAGACUUCUGGAUUGGGCUCAGGAGGAGGAAGGAGGAGGGGGACAACAGCACAGAGUGUCACAGCUUCUACUCCUGGUCGGAUGGGAGCCUGUCCAGGUUCCGGAACUGGUACGUGGACGAGCCGUCGUGCGGGGGCGAGGUGUGCGUGGUGCUCUACCACCAACCCUCAGCCCCCCCUGGCCUGGGGGGGCCCUACAUGUUCCAGUGGAACGAUGACAGAUGCACCAUGAAGAACAACUUCAUCUGCAAAUACCCCCUGGAGAAGCCAACAAGAGCUCCAAUAGACAACUCCCGAAGAGCUGUGGCAACAGAGCCCUGGAAGCCAAAAUUCCCAGAGGAACGCUGGAGGAAGGGUGCCAAUGGAACAGCUGGGAGAGGCAAAGAACCUGUCCAGGGCCUUGCCUUCAUCCUCCUUUCCAGCAUUCCCGUGCUGCUGCUCCUGCUGGCCAUCACAGGCACCUCCUGCUUUUGGCUGCUGAUGAAGAGGAGACAGCAGCUGCUGGAUGUGGCCCCCAAGGGUGACAGGACCUGGCAGCCCGGCAGGGACAGCCCCAGGCUGGACAUCUCCAGGGUGAUCCACAAGCAAUCCGAAGCUGACCUGGCUGGGGCCAGGCCUGGCACAAAGAAUUCCUCCUUCCGUGCCCACGGGGGGCUGCAGAGCCCCUGCAGGGACCCCCAGGACCCCUCCAGCCGGGACUGGGUGACGCUGGCCAGCACAGAGAGUGGCUUUGUCACCAACGACAUCUACGAGCUCUGCGGGGACCGUGUGGGCAGGAGCAAGGAGUCCAGCUGGGUGGACAACGAGAUUUAUGGAUAUUGAGGAGAUGGACCCAAAAAAAUCCCCCUGGAAUUUGGAUUUGGGCUGUCAACAGGAGUUUUCUUGCCCUCUCUAUGCACUGUUCAAUAAUGGGGUGUGUGGUGUUGUGAGGGUCCCCAGGACCUGGUGAGAGAUGAGAAGGCUGAUUUAUUAUUUUAUAUGAUAUUAUAUUAUAUUUAAAUAUAUUAUAUACUAAAACUGUACUAAGGAAAGAGAAAGGAGACAUCAGAAGGCCAGAAAGGAAUGAAUAAUAAAAACCCAUGACAGACUCAGUCUGACACAGCUGCCUGGGAUUGGACAUUAAUUAAAAACAAUUUUACAUGCUGGGUAAACAAGUCUCCAAAUCACAUCCCAAAGUAGCAAAACAGGGAGAAGCUGAAGCUUCCCAGCUUCUCAGGAGAAAAAAUCCUGGUGCAGUAAUUUUUCAUAAAAUACCAUGGUGACAGUGGUGUUUGUCCUGGUUUUGCACUGGGCCCUUAUUCUUCUAUUUUCUGCAAGAAUUGGGGUUUUUAAAGAUCCAACCUGAAAGGAAUGUACAGGUUUUGCUUUGCACCGAGGCCCCAGGCAUGGCUCGUUAGCACCCUCCAUUCCUUUUUGUACUGAAGGACAACCCAAAAUCCUUAUUUAUUUACAGACCUCCUCCUCCUCCUCCAAGGUGCUCAGAGUUCCCUGUACUGAGUGAUGGAGCCCUGCUUUCCUGGGGGUGCUGAACGUGGCAGGGGGGGAAGAAUCCCUUGGUUUGCUUGGCUUGUGUGUGUGACUUUCACUGUGCCUAUUAAAUUUAUCUCAACCCA